UUCAGUCACAAUACAUGGAUAAAAUGGAAGAGACUAGAGGGUCCUACCUUACUAAAGAAAAUAGUGAGGGGGAUAUUUCUGUCAAAGGUCUGCCAGGAAUACAACUGACAGAAGAAGAAGAGAAGGAAAUUGGCAAUGUUGGAUGGAAGCAAUUUUUGGAUUACAUCCUCGUCUCAAAGGGAUCGUUGAUGCUUUCUUCAGUAAUAAUUACUCAGAUUGGUUUUGUUGCUCUUCAAGCUGUUUCAAGUUAUUGGCUAGCUUUCGGCAUUCAAAUUCCUAAAAUUAGUAGUGGCAUCUUAAUUGGAGUAUACACUACAAUUUCGACAAUAAGUACCCUCUUUGUAUAUCUAAGGUCUUUAUCCUCAGCUCUUCUAGGAUUAAAAGCUUCGAAGGCUUUCUUUUCAGAUUUCACUAAUUCUAUUUUCAAUGCUCCUAUACUCUUCUUUGAUUCCACCCCAGCUUCAUCAGAUUUAUGUGUGGUGGAUUUCGACAUACCUUUCUCAUUUGCCUUUGUGAUUGCUCCUUUAAUUGAAUCGGUAGCAAUCAUUGGCAUUAUGGCGUCAGUCACAUGGCAAGUUCUCUUUGUAGCAUUCUUUGCUACAGUGGCUUUAAAAUAUGUUCAGGGAUAUUAUCAAGCCUCUGCAAGGGAACUAAUGAGAAUCAAUGGAACAACAAAAGCACCUGUGAUGAAUUAUGCAGCCGAGACCUCACUUGGAGUGGUAACUAUAAAAGCAUUUAACAUGGCAAACAGGUUCUUCCAAAACUACCUAAAGCUUGUAGACAAUGAUGCAAAACUUUUCUUUUACUCCAAUGCAACCAUAGAGUGGUUAAUUUUGAGAGUAGAAACACUUCAAAAUCUGACUUUAUUCACUACUAUUUUUCUCUUGGUUUUACUUCCCAAGGGUUAUGUUGAUCCAGGGCUUGUUGGACUUUCUCUUUCUUAUGCUUUGGCUUUGACAAGAACCCAAGUGUUCAUGAUUCGAUGGUAUAGUAGCUUGGCUAAUUAUAUUAUUUCAGUGGAACGAAUCAAACAGUUCAUGCACAUACCUCCAGAGCCUCCAGCAAUUGUGGAAGAUAGAAGGCCACCAUCUUCAUGGCCUUCUAAAGGGAGGAUAGACUUACAAGAUCUAAGGGUUACUGUGUUUCCCAAGAAGCCUUUGGAUGGAGCUCAUGAGAUACAGAGUUUUUGCCUUGGCAAUGAUUACCUUGAAAUAUGUCAUUGUCACAAGGCAAUAUAUGAGACUUCCUCUGUCAAAGAAGGCCCUGCUCAGUGGAUACCAGUCCUACGGAAAAUAUGCUGGUAUUUAGUUUUGUCACCUCAUGAUCCUAUGCAGUCAAGCCUUCUUAAUUCCACAUUGGAGGAUAAAGAUCCAAUACUUGUUACAGUGGAGGUUAUUCAGUGGAUGACUUUAUGGCAUACAUUCAAGGAUGAAUUUGAGAAUGAAAAGAACAUGCUUGGUGGUUCUUUAGGUAACAGAGCAGCUGAAGAUUUGAAACAGAGAGUAAUAGAACAUGUUAAUAUCAUUGCGGAGACAAAAGGAUCGCAAAAAGGGGCAAAAAGGAGCGAAAAAUCCAUGACUGAGUGA